ACUCCUUUGGUUUCUGGUGUUCGCAAUAGCAGGGCCACGCAUAAUUUUUUUUCCACUGCGAGAAAGACCGCUGAAGCGAGCGCGCGGGUUUUUAUCGGGGAGCAAUUACGUCACAGCACCUGUGUCCCUGCCGUGCCGCUCCUUCUCCCCCGCUAGGCUCGCUAUGCUGCGCGAUGCUAUUUUUAGACUCUGCUUUCUGUCCCCCAACUCGGCGAAGCUGCGGACGCAAUGAGAAACCCAGCGAGGUUCUAACAGCUCCACCGUAAAAACCCGCGCGCUCGCUUCGGCGGUCCUCUUUCUCGCUGUGGAAAAAAAAAAGUGUAGCGUUUGCUGAGCAAUGGCGAAGACUACCGUCAGGACUCCCGAGGAAGAAGCCGCUCGACUGGAGCGCCGUCGAGAAGCUGAUCGCCAACGGAUGCGGCGACGGAGAUCCGAUCCUGAAGCGAGAGCUAGGGAAGUUGAAGCAAGGCGUCGCAAGAGGCGAGAAGAUUCCGAAGCUCGACAACGCAGCCGAUCCAAUUCCGCGAGAUACUACGCAGAACAUCGCGAAGACAUCCUGAGCGCUAGCAAACGGAAGAGGCUGGAAGAUCCUGGGUUGCGUGUGCUCAGGAACUUUCGCAAGAUUCAACGACUCGGGCGAGUUAAACGCUCGAGUGACAGUGAUGUCGGGCCUUACUCUCCCGUGCGUGAGGUGGAUGAACUGGGCUCUGCAGCCGAGGGUUUGGAUGGCUCUUCACUUGUCGGCCCUUCCAAAGCAACAGUUACGGAAAGACCGCAGUCCAAGGGAUGUCAGGCCAAUCUUUUAUCGACAGGAAAAUCACAGAAAACGGCGUCCAAGGGAUGUCAGGCUGAUUUUUUAUCUACAGAGAAACCACAGAAAAUGGUGUCCAGGGGAUGUCAGACGACCGGAAUCACCAGGACCCAAACACAGAAAACUCAUGCAGACGAAAUUGAGCAGGAGUCCCGUGCAGCAAUCCUGCAGCCAGAAAAGCACUCGGGGAGCAGGAAACGGCCCAUGCCGCAAGAUGCGAGCAUAUCCAGAAGAGCUUCUGGGCCGACGACGUCGAGCAGCGCAUGUGCGUACGCACCAAAGAGAACCCGUUUGAGUGCGACCGAUGCUUCAACGUCUCGUUGA